AUGGUUGAUGUUUUGGAAACGGAUCCAGAAAUUGCCAGAGCCCUAAAAAAAGAAGACCAAUCUGCGCUUUGGGACAACUUGACUAAAGAAUUGAAUGCACUUGGGCCACCAAUCGAAACACCAGCUACAUGGAAAAAGGUUUGGUCCGACUACAAAUGUGCCGUAAAGAAGAAGCUAAGGUGGAAUAGAGCAGCUUUAAUCGCUACUGGAGGAGGACCAAAUAUAACCAAACCGCUCAGCGAGCUGGAGGAAAGAGUGGUUAAUUUGACCAAGCUGCAGUGCAUCAUCAUCGGAAAUCAAGUCGAAAACUUCGGAUACAACCAACGGUCAAACGUGGAACCUAUGAAGGAGCCCAUCGAGGAGCCUAACCAGCAAGCAGCCACUCAUCAACUGCCAAUCGAGGAAGUCUCCAACGUACGAGCUGAUGAUCCGCUACCGAGGAAAAAUAAGGCGGUCAACGUUAGAGAGAAAGUUCAGCGUUUGGAGGAGGUUCUUCGGCAGAACCAGGAAUUAAUAGAGAUAAUGAAACUAAAGAUAGAGUCGGAUGAAAAGAUUAUCAAAAGCCAAGAAGCGAUGGUGGCGGAGUUUCGGCAGAACCAGGAACAGACAAGGAAACUAAACGAGUCGAUGGAAAAGAAUAUCAAAAGCCAAGAAGCGAUGGUGGCAGAGUUUCGGCAGAACCAGGAACAGACAAGCAAACUAAACGAGUCGAUGGAAAAGAUUAUCAAAAGCCAAGAAGUUUUAAGUAACAAAUUUGAUUCAUACAUUGAGGCACUGACAGCGCCGAGCAGUUGGGAUCAGGGAGGCAGCGACAACCUCGAGCUAACGCGUGCACAGAUAAAGGCACGAAAGGCCGGGCCAAAGGAUCUACCGAUUUUCAAAGGGGAUCCAGAGGAGUGGCCAACGUAUCUGUCCAUGUAG